CCGCCACCGACAGCAGCAGUUCUUUGCUGACACGUCUCCGGCGCUGUCUGCAAACUACAUCUCAUCGCUGCAUCGUCGCCGCCGCCAUCGUUUGCAUCAGCUUUGUUUGAUUAUUAUCAAUUCAUUAUAUUAUUAUUAUAUAUAAUUCAUCUAUCCGUCUUUUCAUCGGUCAUCGGGCCAGGAUUGCUGGAAGUUAAAGAGCUAUUUCUCGGUCAUUUUGAUAACAAGAUCAUUGAUUGGCUAUCAUAAUCUCCGUUGUAUUAUAACUUACAUUUAAACUAUAUAUUGUACAUUCAUAUCGAAUUAUCCGUGCUUGUAUAACAUCCCGUUGACGAAGCGGACGUCGCAGCGGUGGCAAUCACCACGACGAGCCGACGACAUGAGAUGCAGUUGGCCGCCAGACGGAUCCGAUGGAUGUGUUUGUUGUGCGCGUGCGCACUGGCCGAUCAACGAGUCAACACCGCAAACAACGACACUGCACAAACAGGGUUGGGAGAACAGUGUUUCCAAGACGACACGUGUCAGUUGCACGACAAGCACGCGGUGUGCGCACAGGUGGACCACAACGCAAUAUGCAGGUGCAAACAGGGCUACCAUAUCGUCACCGUUUCCAGGCCUACCAAUGCCAGGAGCAGUUUUUGCGCCCAAGACGAUUCGGACGGCAAAACUGGUGGUUCGUCGCUGCUCGGCGUCGUGGUCGGCCUGCUAGUGUUCUCGGCGCUCAUCUGUUUCGGGCUGCGCCUGUCCACGGCCUCCAGACCCCGGCAUUUCCCGACCACCAACUUAUAUCCGAACAAGCUGCUGUGUUCACGUCAAACUAAAGCAUCUUCGAGCAAACAUUACGGCACCUCAGAUUCUGCGACAGCCAACGGACAACAAGAAGACGAGAGUAGUGCCGGUCAGUCGGAAGCCAAAGACGACGAUACGAGCAGGGUAGGAGCUGCCAGAGCAGCUGCUUUCAUAUUGAUCUCUUGCCGACCAUCCACGUCGGAGUCAACGACGGCCUCACCGAGCAGGACAAAAAGAGCAAAAAAAUUGGGUUAUGGUCGUACCGGUAGUGAUCCAGCUGUGCACAGUACAUCUUCAGUGAAAACAUACAACUUGAAAUGGUAUCAAAGGGACCAGCAGAGAAGGCAUUCGACAAAGAACAGGGAAGCAAAAGGCACUCCACCUAGUCAUUGUUCGACCGAACAACUAAUACAAAAUAGUUCGAAAGAUGAAUGCUCCAGAAACAGUCAAACCACGUUGAACUCUAAAGACAAGUCGAAAGCAUCGUCGGUGAGCCGAAUAGAGCAUAGAGCGCUGGUCCAUCAUUCGGCCGCGGCGAUUAGCGGCGGCAGCGGAAACUGCACGGAACCCAUGGUCACAGUUGAGCUAUCAGAACAACCGCUACAACGUCCGGAAGGAAUUAUUGCACAGGGGACACGAUGAAACGUAUAGAUAGCACGUGCGAGUAUGAUAAGAUAUGUUUAUGAAACGAUAAUAUAACUAUUAUCGUAUUAUAUAUAGUGUUUAAUUCAAUGAUCUAAAUCCACGUACCAUGGUUAAGUGAUAUAAAUUAUCUAUUAUAAUAAUUUAAUGAAAUAUAAUAUGCUUUGCUCGUGGAUAGACCGUAAGACGGCCUUAAAGACUAGUGGAUGCAGGAUGGGAAUGAUUUAUAAGUGGGUAUUCGCACUGCCCGUGAUUUUUUUAUAGCCGAUAUAGAUGCAAAUAAUAGAAAGAUCCUAUUUGAGUAUACCACCCCUGAAAACAACUUCCUUGAAUAUUUUUACUAGUUACGGCCGUUGUACACUUUUAAUAUUACAUUAUUACAACGUAUUAAUUAUACCUUAAUAAUACGCAUGUUCGCAUUUUAAACCCACGUUUAAUUAUUACAAAAUGUUCAUUUCGUCAUGACGUAUGCGAUCGGUGGUAAAAAAAGUGGUGUAAGGGUGGUUGUAUUUAAAUUUUAUAUACAUAUACCUAUCGAUUUCACGUGGGCAUAUUUUUAUCGUUUCUGGUCAUACGCCCUUCGAUAGCAACACUAUAUAUAUAUAUAUAUAGUGUGUAUCUGAAGGUGUCAAUAAUUUUAAUUGAAUUGCGUUUAAAUAAUAUGUCAUGUGUUCCGGAAUACACUCUGUAUAUGUUGUAGACGUAUACGUGGGCUAAAAUACGUGACGCUAUCCGCAAAGCACAGUCACCUAAUGUAGUGAAUAAUGAGAUAUAUAGGUGUAUUGCCCAUUUUAAAUCACUCGCGACGAUCAACCAUGAAGGCCGUACCGGGUAGUUAAAUACAAUUUUUCAAAACUCAUACUUCCACGAUAUUCCUUACACGAGGAACAAUAUUUUUAUAUAAUUUCUAGAUAAGUGUUUUAUACAAAUAUACAAUAUGUUUGAACGUAUGGGUAUGGAUUAUAUUAACUAUAUAGGUACUACACGUAUCUGAUAUUAUUAAUAAUGUUAAUAUAAUUAUGAUUAUUAUUACCUAUAUAUAUUAUAAUAUAUAUACAAUAUUUGUAACGUGUGCGUGUCGGUGUUGACGUUGAGCCUAUUCAUUAUUAUUAAUCUAUGAAUGUAUUAUUAUUAUUGUUAUUAUGUUAUACUACCUAUAUAGUGAGUAAGAAAAAUAAUAGACAUUAUAAUUUAUAGUUAAUAUGAAAUAAUUUAGUGAGUGUGAAAACGUGUGCGCACGAAUAACUAAUAUACCUACUAUAACUAAUACAUAAUAUAGGAUUUCGUUUUACAAAUAUUAAAAAACAGCCAAAGUAAAACGAUUUUUAAAAAACUAUCACAGGCAUUAUCUAUUAUAUAAUACAUAACGACUUAUUUGUUAUAAUUUAUUCAUUCGAUGAAACUGCAAUUUCGGAUUAAAGUUUUGGAAAAAAUAAAAAUUAAUAAUUUUAUAUUUUUUAAUUCAAUUAUGAUAAUUUCAGUUCAAAUAUACAUUUAUAAAGAUUAUAUACUAUUUUAAUGAUGAUACAUAUAUGGGUACAAUAUAAUAUAAUGUAUAUUACCGUUGAGCUGUUAAAAUAGAAAUUGAUAUUGAUUCUAUUAACAUAAUAUAUCAUACUACCAUUUUGUAUGAUAUUUAUGGUUAAGUCAUAUAUUAUUAUUAUGGACAUCGCGUUGUUAUACGGUUGAUGCAUACAUGAUUGAUUAAGACAAUAACUUAUUAAAAUUAAAUAUAUUUAUCAUAUAUACCAAAUGGCUGAAUAUUGUAUGCGUAUCCAUAUUGUACAGACUACAGAGCUAGCACCAUAGAAAAUUAUCUAAUUAGAGACAAAAAAGAAAAUAAUAAUAAUAAAAUAAAAUUUGAAAUUUAAUUCCGAAGGCUGCAGUUGUAUAAUAUGAGUUUAAUAUACUCGUAUAAUACUUAAAAUAAUAAUAUAUCAAAAUGUGUUAAUUAGAUACUUAAGAGAUACUUAAAUACAAUAUUUAUCAUAUUACAGUUGAAUAUGGUUAAUAAAGUGUAUGUAGGUUUAAGUUUUCGAUCGAUUUUUUUUUUGUUGUUUUAAUGUUCAAUAUUUUAUUACAAUAUUAUAAUUAUAUUAUAAUACAUAAAGACGUGUGAUUUAUUUAUGUGUUGUCGUGUUGAUUAUUAGUAUAAUACCAUAAUACAAUCGUAUAUUAAUUAUUAAUAUUAUAAAUGUAUAAUAAUUGUGUACUACUACCUACCUAUAUAUUAUAUAAAAUAUAUUUUGAAUUAUUAACAUGUAUUUAAGAAUAAUAAUAGGGAUUCCGAUAAAAUCAUAAUCCUUUGUAGUACAAAAACAGUAAGGUACUUAUAAACAUUUAGAAGACAUGAUUGUUUGUAGACUAGUGAAAACAACAAAGUUUCUUUAUUCUGUGUUAUAUCAAAUUCAUUAUUAUUAUGGAUGUAUUAUAUUUAUACAUAGAUCUCGAGUUACUAUUUUAUAAUAUAAAAAUAAACAAAUAGAUAUAAUAUAAUAUCUGUUACCUACUACAUAAAUCGAAUACCUACUUAAAUUUUGUAUACAAUACUCGCAUUAUAAUAAUAUAUAUAGAAAGUUUAUCUAUAUUAUUAUAGUUUCAUUUUUAUAGUCAUAACGAUUUUAUUUUAUAUAUUAUCUUUCAUGUGAAAAAUGUAUUACACAUAUAUAUUCCUAAAAUGUUAAAUUUAAAAGUGAUAAAACCGAAUCGAUAUUCUACACACGUCUAAAUGAAUAUUUAAGUACAUAAUUUAAUAUAUCAUAAAUAACAUUUCUGUUGUUUCUCAGUAUAGCAAUUUAAGGUAUAGUAAUUUGUUAUUAUUUUUUAAGAUCAAGUGCUAAAUCGCUACCUUUAGGAAUCCCUGCACCAAUUAUGUAUUGUUAAAAAGUGUUUAAGUUAUUUAACCAAUUGAAAUCUUCUAUUAUCAACAAAAAAUUUAAAAACCAAUUACGUGGAAUAAUUUUUUUUAAUUUAUGAAGCAAACUCUUUAGUCAAACUCUGUUUGAAAAUACAUUUUUGCUGGGAUAAUCUCUUUUACGUUUAAGUGAUUGAAUCAGUGAUCUUUUAGACUUGAUGAGUUGUUGAGUAUCUAAAUCAAGAACUGAACUAAAAAUUAGGUACUAUAUUAUGAUGAAGUAAUAUGGGUCGGAUUCUAACGUGUAUUUUAAUUUGUCGAACAUUUUACCUAACGUUGAUAGGUAUUAUAGUGACAUUAAAAUAUAUAUUGUUACCCGUUGGCGGGAGAUGUAUAAAAGUUUAAAUGAUCGUAGAAAAUAUCUGUCUAUUCGAACCGAAUUCCUAUCACGUGUACCCCAGUGGUGUAUUUGCGAGGAUUUGGGUCUGUAUGUUUUUAUAUUUAUUUUUAACUUCAAAAUUAAAUGAAAAUUAAUACUACUGAUAUUACUGACAUUACUAUGAACAGAAAAAAUGUAAUUAUUAGUUGAUGAAUAGCAAUAGAAUGGAGCAAACCUUUCGUAUCAAUAGUUGUAUUAAAAACUUUUUAAUUUAAACUUUAGAUACGGCAUUGACUUACUCAAUAAAUUUGAAACUUUCACUAAUAGCGUUAUUUUAUUAUUGGUAUUAAUUAUAUUAUCGCAGUUCACCUGACAAUAUUCUCGUUUUGUCUUUGGUUUUCGUGAAUCAUCUAGACGUGUGUAAUUCAAACCAAACUAUUAGUGUGUAAAUGAUUAUUUUAUUCUUCCACAUCAUAUCAUCGAAUUUAAAAUUUACUAUCCAUCUUCCUCUCUACUCAAUCAUUUAUUUUUAUUAUUUUUUCGUCCUCGGAAACGAUUUAAUAUAUAUAAAUAUAUAUAUAGGGUUUGUAAUGCGUAACAUUUGCGCUGGAUUCGGAAACGUAGCAGUGUAGAACAUUAUGAUAUUAUAAUUAAUAAUAAUAUUAUAUGAAAUGAAUAUACCUAUAAUAAUAUACAUCAUUAAUAACUAUAUAAUUUAAUUCAAUGAUUUCUUUUUUUUUAAGAUUUGAAUAAUGUGUGUAAAGGGUGUAUAAACGUUACGAUAAAAUUAUUAUUUAAACGUAAUAUUAUAUCAUAAGGGUCGAUUUAUUUGAUGCUAAGUAAUAUUAUAUAAUAUGAUAAUACAAUUAUAUUCACUGCUAUUUGGCAGCGCAGUUGAAACUUUUAAGUCUUAAUUCUUAAAUACAUUAUUAAUUUUGUAUUAUAAUUAUUAUUUUACCUUUGAUAUUAUUAUACAUUUUUAACAUUACAGAUGUUUAUGCGAAAACAUACUUGUAUUAUAUGUACCGUAUUAUAUAUCAUAUAAUAUACUGUGUAUCGAUUAUAUAUUAUAUUAUAUUUAUGGACAUAGCAUUAUUACUGUGAAAACUCGUGUCAUCAUAUAAUUAUUGUGUGUUAUUAUAUUAUUAUUAUAAUUAUUACAAUGUUAAAAAGUCAAA